CGCGGAGAGAAAUCGCUGGCACCAGUUGCAAUCGGACCCCUCACAAGAUCGUACCGGGAUUCGCCACCUGGCUUGGAACAGCCGCCAACGUUCCAAAAGCAUCGAGUGAAACAUAACGGCUCAAAACAAUUCUAAUGUUUCUCCUGAAGGCAAAACUAUUAUUAGGGCUCCUCAUCUUUUACUUGUUCUUCAUACAACAUGCAGAGAUGAGGAGAGCGCGCACAAGGAGCAGAGCCAGGUCAAAGGUACAAAUCGGUUUACCUAUAACUGGCAAAUAUAGAGAUCCAGAAUCUGACCAAUACUACAACAACAAUGAUGGUGCGAAGAUAUUAUUGGCUUCGCACUUUGACCUUGAGUAUGUUCUCGGACAUAAAAUUGCAUUUCUGUGCAUCGCCAAAGGCUCGCCGCGGCCACACAUCACUUGGUUUAAGGAUGGCGUCGAAAUAUUUGCUCAUCACUACUUACAUAUCCACGAAUGGCCAAUUGGAGAGGAUAGAGUGAAAUCCAAAAUUGAAAUAGACCCAGCUACUCAGAUGGAUGCAGGAGUAUACGAGUGUACUGCAGACAACAUGUAUUCUAUAGAUCGACGUUCUUUCAAGACGGACUUUUCUAUUGCUUUCGACUGAACUGCGAUUAAUCAAAUUGUAUCAUGGCGAAUUAAGGUCAAUUCUCAAUGUCCAUCAACAGCUUUAAAUAGGUACCUAUAAGAUGUUGACUGAACAGUGUUCAACUUAAAUUGUGUUUAAAUAGAUAAAUAACGUUCUAUAUUUUUUUGCACAUAUCUCUUAUCGUGUGUUAAUGCCAACACUGGUGUCAGAUUUUAUUACAGUCGCUAUACGCUAUAUAUACUAUACUACACAUUAGUAACUAGAGUAUUUAUAGUGGCCACGUAAUGUACCUACUACUCAUUUGACACAAUGUUACUUGCAUUACAGUUCACCAUUUCGAUAUGCUAUUUAUAGACUGUCGCUUAUGGUCGAUUCAUUUUAAUAGUUUUGUGAAUUCCAGAGCCGUUAUGAAGAUCAGUAAAUGUUAUAUAAUUUAUUUUAAAAAAUAAAGCAUUUUAAACUGUC